AUGGACGUCCAAUCCCCCCGCCAGACAGCCGCCUUCCACCUCCCCUCCUCCUCCGGCUCCUCCACCACCGAUGCCGCCGCCGCCACCGGCCCCGGAACCACCGCCGCAGCCGACGACUUCGACGACGACGGCGCCCCGCUCCCCUUCCCCGCCGCCCUCCCGCGCUCCGACUUCCUCGCAAAGGACUUCCACCCGGCCAGCUACCUCUCCGCCCUGCCGCACCGCCACCAGACCCUCGACGACCUCAAGGCCGAGCUGCGCGACCGCAGCGCCGCCAUCAGCGCCGAGCUGCUCGAGCUCGUCAACGCAAACUACACCGCCUUCCUCUCCCUCGGCAACGAGCUCCGCGGCGGCGACGAGCGCGUCGAGAACGUCCGCGUCGCCAUGCUGGGCUUCCGCCGCGCCGUCGACGAGAUCAAGGCCCGCGUGCGCGCGCGCGGCGAGGAGGUCGGCGGGCUGAGCGGGGAGCUGCGCGAGGUGCGCAGGGGGAUCGAGGCGGGCAGGAAGAUGCUGGAGCUGGAUGAGCGGGUGGCUGCGUUGGAGGAGCGGCUGGCGCUGGCGAGCUUGCCGGGGAAGAAGGAGGACGAGGAGUGGGACGAGGAUGAGAGUGAAGAGUCGGACGAGGAGGAGGAGGGCGAUCAUGGGUUGGUGGGGAGCAGUCCUGCCAAGCUGGCUGGGUUUGCGCAGGAUUACUGCAUCAUUGAGGCUUUGGCAGAUGCCAUUGGACGAGAUGUGCAGUUUGUAGUCAAGACGGAGGCGCGGAUGACGAGGUGCCGGAACACGAUCCUGCUCGACCUCAGCACGGCCAUGAAGGAGGCGCGCAAGGCGGGAAAGAGGGGCCAGCCGAGAGUCGUCAAGUAUCUGGGACUGUACGGGCUGCUUGAUGCCCAGGCGGAGGCGAUCAAGGCUCUCAAGAGCAACUGA